AGUACUUUAUGAUAUUGUUUACUUAAUUUGACCUGUAAUCGAAAUAUUUUCUACCAUUAUUGUGAAAGGUUUACUUUUAACGUUUAAGAAAGUAAAGGUUUUAGUUUCGUUACCUUUUAUUUUGAAAUAUGUGAAAGAAAUCAACCGGAUAUGAGAUGCCUUUGGCAGGGUUCUGUAGAAGCAUCAUUCCAGUACACGAUAAAUCAAGUAGCUAGUACUAUAUUAAGUACCUAGCUACCCACAAUAAUUAACAACAAUUGUACCUUUGGCGAGAGUUUGGUUCCUUUGGUGCACCUGUUCAAAAUGGGAAAAGGUUGUAAAGUUGUAGUGUGUGGUCUAGCAUCAGUUGGAAAAACAGCAAUUCUUGAACAUUUGCUGUAUGGCAAUCACGCUGUUGGCACUGAGUCCAGUGAAACCCAAGAAGAUGUGUAUGUGGCCUCUGUGGAGACAGACAGGGGAGUGAAGGAACAGCUACGCCUUUAUGACACAAGGGGUCUCCAUGAUGGACUAGAGCUGCCCAAGCACUACUACUCAGUAGCUGAUGGGUUUGUGCUUGUCUACAGCGUUGACAACCUAGAGUCAUUCAAGAAGGUGGACAUACUGAAGAAGGAAAUAGACAAGUCCAGAGACAAAAAAGAGGUGACCGUCAUCGUGCUGGGGAACAAGACGGACCUGCGCGAGCGCCGUCAGGUGGACCAGGAGACGGCGCAGCAGUGGGCCCGGGGUGAGAAGGUCAAACUGUGGGAGGUAAGCGUCACGGAACGCAACUCCCUCAUCGAGCCCUUCACCGUACUCACCAGCCGCCUCACGCAACCGCAGAGCAAGUCGGCCUUCCCGCUGCCCGGCCGCAAGAGCAAGGGCACGCCGUCCGACAUCUGAACCAGAGGGCGUGCGCUUGCUGCUAUGGAUACGGUUCAUUUUCUGGACAUGGUGCUAACCAAACGUGCGGGAGGGCCCCGAGUCUCACAUGUGCAUCCAGAUCUCAAGUCUGUCCAUCUCAAAUGCCUUUAAAUUAGAGGUGUAAUACUACCUAGUAUACCAAGCGUAACCACACAGCAAUACGAAUCCUACUGCUUUGAUGUUUGGCUGUAACCUUUUAGUCUGUAAUUUGUCUAAAUGGUUCUCUAACAUUUAGCUCAAGUGUUGAGAAAAUAUUUAUUUUAUACCUAAUUUAUUUUUGUCACUUUACAAAAAUUACAUUCCUAGAAGAUAGGAACAAUGUAAACGUAGAAUACAAUUGUGCUUGAAUGAAAUCUCUCGGAGUGAACAGCUCCUUGGGAGCCUAAUAAAUGUGAUGUGCUGCUA